CAGCACUUACUACUUCUGCCAUUAUCCUUUAGUACUUUUAAAUGUACACUUUGCCAGCUACAUCAAACUCGUCAGUUUUAACGUCAGCCCAGCUAUAGUCCUGAACAAUGACUGGUUCAAUGUGCUUCAACUCUGUCUUGUUGCCUCUUCAGUCGGCGCAAGCUUUGUUAAUAUUCGUUUCCAGCUUUCUUCGUUACCCGGCCCCUGGGGCCCUGACCACCUCACACUUAAUUUUAAUGAAAUCCGCCAGCUAGGUGCGUACUUCUGUCUACUUAUCAACGACCCACAGAAUCCUCCCAGUUCAACCCGUUUGGCGUCGUUUGAGGCUUUCACUCACCUUGCCUCGAUUCUUCCCGUCUAUCUAAAUUUAGAAACGUGUCCCCCUGCCCUAAAUAUUUCUACGGUGCAAAUCGAGAGAGGGCUUCGACCUGCGGACCUCUUUAAUGGACUUAAGCGCCUGAUCGGCUUAGCUCAGCCCUCGAACCAAUCCGGAUCCCCAUCUGAUACGACUGCUGGCGUUUCCGAACUCGCAGUGACCGAGACCCCCUCUCAACUUAAGUGCCCCACGAUAUCCCCAGAAAUUGUAACAGAUAAGCCUAGUUCCAAUCCCACAGCUCUUUUAGCAGGUAUUUGA